GUCUCUUCCACUCAAAACAUUUGACAGCAAAUCCCUCAAAAUCAAAGAGGAUUAAUACUACGGUAAAAGCGACACUUGAGGGAUAAUUAUGGAGUACGUCUAAUUUAGAGUCGUCAUUUUUAUCGCUUUGAGACCGAGAGGUGCUAGUUUUUCUACACAUAGACGACCGUCAGCUGUUUAAUCGCUGGUAAUGUUUUUUUCUCAGCACACGUUUGCAUUCCUUUUGUAAACGGAUGUCAGUGUCAUUACACAGACUGAUUAUGUUAGCUGAAUAAAAGGGGAGUUACUUGAACUCUGUCGACGUGGAACAGCAGGAAUAUUGCUCCCUGAAGUUGCAGAAAUGGCUUCAGUCUUGAAUUGCUUCAGCGGUCCCGAGGUGUUGGAGGACGUGAAACACGCUCUGGGUUUAAUGAAAGAGCUGAAGUUGAUGUAUGACUGUCGGCUACUCGGGGACGUGACUAUUGGGGUUAAAAGUGAAGAGGAGCACACAGGAGAGCCAACGAGAGGUGACAUCGACCAACAUUUCCUGUGUAGCCGCAACGUCCUCGCAGCCGCCAGCCCGUACUUCAAAAGCAUGUUCACCGGGGGGUUAAACGAGAGCAUGCAGGAGAGAGUGGUGAUCCGCGGGGUAGACGCGGAGUCUAUGGCUGUCAUCAUCGAUUAUUGCUACACGGGCAGGGUGACUAUCACGGAGAGCAACGUGCAGAAGCUGUACUCAGCUGCUAACAUGCUCCAGCUUGAGUACAUCAGGAAUGCUUGCUCCAGCUUCAUGACAAGGAGGCUUGACCUGUCCAACUGUGUGGGCAUACUGAAGUUUGCAGACACAUAUGACAACCCUGAGUUAAAGGAGAAUGCACUAAAUUUCAUAGCAAGGAACUUCAGCCAAGUGUGUCACGGAGGAGAUCUCUGUGAGCUCGAUUUGGUGCAGUUAAAGGAGCUGUUGUCUUUAAACAUUUUGGAUGUGGACUGUGAGAGGAAGGUGUGCUCUGCUGCUUUGCAAUGGAUCGAAGCCAAUGCACCACAGAGGAGAGAGGAUGCACUACAGGCGCUGAAGUGUGUGCGCUGGAACUUAUUCACCGAGAAGGACAAGUGUUACCUGGAGGGCCUGAUGGCAAGGCCUUUAAUUGAGAAAUACCUCUCCUCUUUCUUUGACAGGUCAGCAGAGGAGAGCUGUGGAGUACCUGCAAGUCUAGACGCACCAAAGCACAGAAUAGGUGUUAGCGCUAAAGAAAUGAUCCUCUUCUUCGGCCUACCGAAUGACAACAUAAUGUGCUGUGACCCGUACUCAGAGGAUCUGUAUUUCAUGGCUCCUCCUUUGGAGGAUCUCAGCAGUCAGGAUUACAAACGCUCCACUAUGGAGUCUUUAAUCGCCUGUGCCACACCUGAAAACAACUUGUACCUCGCCUCUCACCUCUCUAAACACUUCUGGCUGUACAACCCGGUGCUCAACAGCUGGCAGGAGCUGGCAGAGAGGCCGCUGGGGAGGAUACACUCAGGGAUGGGCUACCUUAACGGCCAUGUGUACCUUCUGGGUGGGAGAAACCCAGUGACAGAUGCCAGGCUGAAGGAGGUGGAGUGUUACAGCGUGCAGAGGAAUCAGUGGACAUUUGUGGCUCCUCUGCCUCAUUCUUUAGGUAAAAUGCAGGUGGUGGCUUUCAAUGAUCAUCUUUAUGUAGUGAACAAAAGGAGGAUGCUUUGCUACGAUCCCAAGAGGAACCGCUGGCGUCACUGUGGCUCGUUGAGGAGAGACAAGCUUCACAAGGCCUGCGUCUUUCAGGACCAGAUUGUAUGUGUGUGUGACAUUCCCGUGGUGAAAGCCUACAGCCCAGCAAAAGGGGAAUGGAAGAGACUGGGCGACAUUCCCAUUGACAGCCGAGCUUUGAAUUACCAGGUGAUCCAGCACAACAACAAGCUGCUCCUCCUCACUCAGACUCUCCUACAACACAACAAAAACAGAGUCCUCAUCCAUGAGUACGACCAGGGCAGAGACACGUGGAAAAGCGUCAUGGCGGUUUACGUCUCCACUCUAGGGCCUGUGUGCGUCUCAACGCGAGUGUACCCAGCAUGCCUUGGGUCUGCCCACAGCUUCUCCACAGAGGAGGAUGAUGACAGUGGUUCUAGUGCAGACUGGGAUUUUGAUGGCCUGACUGACCCAGACUCUGACUCUGGCAGCUCGAGCUCUUUCUCAGAUGAAAACUGGUAGUGAAAUGUGUCAAAGAAAAGUUUAACUUAUGCUUGAAGGGGUUUUACAGGGUUCAGUCUAACAGGAGGAAUCACUAAUCCAGCUUCAAUUAUGGCCAAGUCUUUUUUCCAGUUGGCUAAUAAUUUUUGCAGACAUAGAAAAAUAAUAAAUCAGCGAUACUUUAAGGGAUUUUUUCCACACCAUGACCAAAAUUCCAGUUAUCUUAUCCUUCCAUAUUACAAUGUCCUACCACCACAGAGGAUAAUAUAAUAUCCUUAACCCUUCCUUUAUAAAAAAUAAAAGAGGAUGUGAUCAGCAUUGGAUGCCCUAUAAAAUUAAGGAAACUCCCAAAAGAGUUCCUACAAGUAUAGAAGUCUUGGGGACACAAAUUUAGGUAAAUUCUUGUUUUCAAUUACCUAAAAUUGUAAACAAACUUUUGCAUUGUCUAGACUUCACAGAUAUGUGGAAUGAGUUUUUGACUGACUCAAUCCUCUCUGGUGUUUUUACUCUUAGUAUUAAAGUACAAAAAAAUGCCAAACCUUAUUUCUCUCAUUAUUAAGAACAUUAGAAAGGGCAGCUGAAUGUAGGGUACUCCAAAGAUAUAGUGUUAUAUGCCCAUAAAAUUAGGGAAACCUGCAAAGGAGGAUUUAAUGACUAGACUUAAUGCUUGCCAUAAUGCAGUGCUAUGCAAACUGCCCAUUCGAAUGAUGGAGACAAGACAAGGGUGCUUUUUAUUGUGCUAACAUGCUCUUGGUUUCUGUUAAAUUCACAGUUUAUUCUGCCAGGAUUUACUCUGUAAUGUAGUGGAAAGGGAUCAAGAGAUAAAGCAUUGCAUUCAGAAAGUGUCAGGCCCCCUUCACAUUUUUUUCAAUUUUGUUAUGUUGCAGUCUGAUGCUACAGUCGGAAAAAAAAAUCUCAUUUAGCUAUACUCAGCAUCCCAUCAUUACAAGGUGAAAACAAAAUUUUAGAUUUUAUGCAAAAUUAUAAGAAUAAAAUAACUGAAAUAUCCCAUUGACACAAGUAUUAAAAAAUACUUAUUCAAAAAAAAAAAUAGCUCUGGUUCCUCCCAUUUCUCUCUAUUGUUGCUGAGAUGUUUUCACACCUUGACUGAAUUCCACUUUACAAACAAAUACUUAAAAAUGGAUAAAAAAGAAAUAAGUGCUUCAUAAAAAAAUGAAAAAACACACAAGCUGAAACAAAAAUGAGACGGUUGCACUAUAUUAAGUAUAUGGUUGUGCUAUAGACUUAUUGAGAAUCCUCCAGUGUAAUGAGACAUGGAAAACAAAGGUCAUUUCGUGGCCCCGCAGUGGAGGAGGAUGCAACAGAUGAGGCCCGAGAGUAGAGGUCUGAAGCCAAGUUUUUCCCCUUCUGCUUAAUUUAAACCGCAAUGUUACUGAUCAUGACAUCAUUUUUAUGUCAAGAAUUUUUUGGGGUAUCAGUGAAAGUAACAAUAGAACUAAUCAGAAGAGUUAACCCACAGAUUUUGUUAAUAAAUAAACAUUUUGAAUAGGUAAGGCUGUAAUAGCUUUUAAUAAUCUAUAUUUAACAAUGGAAGAAACUUAAAGGUUUUGAAAGUGUUCCUAAUUUAGAGGUUCUGAUGAAAUUUUCUACCAAUCACUUUGGCAGCUGUUACAGCUGUGCCGCCUGUCAUUAGUAUCUAGAGUUACUUUGGACUUACAUCAAGGAUUUCUUACUGUACAGCUCUAGCUCCUCUAUCCUUGCAACAACACAUGUCAGAGCUACUAGUGUGAGAGAAAGGAGGAGACAUGUUAGCACAGUGACAAGCACCCGUAUUUUAAAGAGCAUUUCACUGCGGAGACAUUGAAUCCUGUUAAAUCCAUGUCUUACAAAUGAUUUCUGGAACUGAGCCAUCCCCAAUGUUUUACUCUCAAUUUCUACUAUGAAAAAUGCUCUGAUGCUACCAAGACUUUCUAGAUUCUUGCAGGAAAUAUGAAGAUUAAUAGACUUUAAAAUGGUUUGGAAAACACUGUUUUAUUUCACUCAUCCUGAAAGGCCACCACCCACAUUGUUCCCUCUCCUAUGGGUGUUCUACUGUUUUUGUAAACUCCAGCUAAGUUACUCAAACAGGGCAGCUAACAUUUUUGUCUAAAUUGGUUAAUCUAUGUUCUAUGUACUUCUAAUAAGACUAACCGCCAAUCAAAGCCCAAAGACUCCUCAUUUACAGCUGUAAAUGAAGAAAAACAACAAAAAAAUCUUAAAUUUAAAAUGAUUAAACCUGCUAAUGCUUGAUAUUUUGCUUGUCAGUUUAUUUCAGUCAAAACGGACUGAUGUUAAAGCCAGGCAAGUGAACUUGAUAAGGUGAUGUUAAGACUUGACAGAGCUGAGCUAAAAGUACAGUAUGAAUCACUGUAGUAACACCAUAUAUUAAAAAAUGAGUUAUGAGGACAUUUGAAUGAUUGAUGCUUGUGUUGUUAAAAUGCCUGGUUUGUGCUCAUGAAAUUAAAGUUAGCUUGAAUAAAUGAUCUUAUAAUUUGAGUAAAAGAAGUCACUCUGAUGAUACAAGAGCGCUGCUAAAUUAUGACUUGAAACAUAUCAAGUCACUCACAGGGCUUUAAAUCAAAUCUGUCCCUUUAUUUAACUGUGAUGCUCAUAAUGGCAUCACAUAUGGGGUGCUGUGAUAUCAAACGGUAUAAAAGGUAGAAGCCACUGCACUGUAUGCCGACUCAGGGUGAGGCUCCUAAAAACCUCCCGCCAUGAUUGACUUGAUGUAGUAAAAGUAGAUGGUUUUGAUUGCUAAAGAGUAAUUUAAUGAGGUUUAUUUGAAACAUUAAGUGUUACGUUUUUGUAUCCUGAUGAAUUGUUUUAAUUGGAGGAUGUCGUCUGCAUGUUAUAACCCUCUCCCAUACACUCAGUUACCAGUUUAUUAGCUAGUUUAUUACCAGAUGUAGACAAAGCUUGUCUAACUGUUUGCUGCAAUGCCAAAAACUGCAGCUACAAAAUUACCUUUAGACAGAGCAGCUCUCUUCAAAACACAAACUUAACAGUAUAACCUUCAUAAAACCCGUGUUGAUUACAUAUAUAUUGUAAAACAACAUCAGCCAAAGUAAUUUCUACCUAAUAAACUGGUAAAUGAGUGUUAUUGUCACUGUUGUCUUGCUUUAAGGUGGAUAAUUGAAAUGUUAAAUUAUUUAACUGUGCGUAUGAGUGAAGGGGAAGGGCUGAUUGGUUUGGAUUA